CGUGCGAUUCGAACCAAAAAAUUCCCUCCCUAGCGUAGCUAAUCUCUGCAGCGUUCUUCGAUCUCUAACUCCGUGCUAUUCAAUCUCUAGCUGAUAGAUUCAUCCAAAUAGUCUCUACAUAUAUUGGGGAAUUUCCUUGAGAUUCAGUGGUGGUCUUCGAAUCAGCCUCGUGUUAAGGUUACCCGCUUCUUAUGCGUCUGCGGAGGUCAAGUGGUGUUGAUUUCGAUUAAGUUUUCUGGCAGAAAUUGAGAACUUUUUUUGUGGAAGAAGUGGAUUAAGAAAUAAGGCAGAUGCAGGAAAGAUUGAAAGAUUUGAGUGAAGUUGAAAAAAACAAAAAGAAGGUGGGGCAGAAAAAACCAGUGGAGAUGCAAUCAAAAAUCAGUGCAUUCUUCAAAUCUUUGACUCCUCCUCCUGAUUUGCCUCCACUUACUUUGUUUAGUGAUGAUCCUUCAAAUUUUACAAAUGGGUCAGAAAUUACCGUUACCUACAAAUGCAAGAAGUUUAAUGCCGAAAGUUCUUGUAGUGAGCUUGAUAGUGAAUUUACCAACAACGAAUCAAAGGAAUGUGAUUCUAACUUCACGAAGCUGGACCACGCCAAGUGCGGAAAGGUUCUGAAUAAGAAGAGGAAAUAUGCACAGUUGCAUUUGGAGGUUGGCCAGUCUGAUUUUCUGUUGCAUUCAUGUUCUGCAUGCGGAUUCAAGUAUGCUCCGGGUGAUAGCACUGAUGAAAAGGUUCACAAGACAUUUCACAAAAACUACACUCAUGGGAUACCUUUUAAGGGAUGGCGCAACGAAAGAGUUGUAGAGUCACUGGAAGCGGGGCGCAUCAUUUUGAUACAAAAUGGCGAUCCACCUCCUCAACAAAACAAGGUUCAAGAAGUUGUGCAAAUGAUGGAAAUGGAGCUUGGAGAUGGAUGGAUACUUAAUCAGCACUGUAAGGUAUAUCUAUACAUCUCGUCACAGAGAGUGUCUGGUUGUCUUGUUGCUGAACCAAUAGACAAAGCCUACAAAAUUCUCUCAAGUACACCCAAUGAAACAUGUAAUACGAUUACAAAGGCAAAGAGGAGCUCAACUACUCUUCAAUUCGGCAAUGUCAGUCUCCAGAGGGAAAUCAUCAGAAGAAACCCUGUCAAAAGUCCUGAAGAGGGGUUCAACAGUGAUGGAGUGAUUUUGUGCAAAGAGGAGGCAAUUCCUGCUCUUUGUGGCAUUAGAGCCAUUUGGGUCACUACUGCCAAUCGAAGAAAGCACAUAGCCAGCACUCUACUGGAUGCAGUGAAGAAGAGUUUCUGCACAGGCUUGAUUCUCAAUGACACACAGGUGGCAUUUUCACAACCCACCUCACUUGGAAAGGCUCUGAUAUCUAGUUAUACGAGAACCGGCAGUUUCUUGGUCUAUACAACUGGUAGGUAGGUAGAAUGAACUAGAUUCUAAAUUAUAGUCUUUCAUAUAUUGUCAGAUAUCUGGAGUUGUAGGGCUCAAAUUAUAUUGUCAGAUACAUACAUACUGAAACAUGUGGAAGUCUAUUUUUAAUAAAUGAUUUUCACUACAGACUUAA